AUGAUAGUGUCAGGACUGUCCAAUGUGAUGACAGCUGCCACUCCACUGGUCAGCAGUGUCAAUGGCUCUCAGGGUGACACAGGACCAUCUGGCGACAUUUCACAGGAAGAUCUCGAAUUGAGUAAGAAUGUGACCAUGGCAACUAUGACGGCCCUGCAGGAUGUCAAGUCGGCUGUCCUGAGGACUAAAGUGACCGGUGAGGAACCCACUGUGGUCAGUACAGAUUCUCUGAGCAUGGCACUCAGCAAGGAGACACCACAGGAUCUUAUGGGAGGGACAGUUACAGAUACAGGUUCAUCCAGCAUUGAUGUGUCCUCUACCUCCAGAGUUGAAUUCCCCCCUAGCCUACCCCUGAACACUAGCCUUAUUGAGGAAGUGGACAUUGAGUUGGUGAAAUUCAAGAGGAACCCUUUCACUUGGGCCAACAACAGCUACAAAGUGACGUCUUCCGUCUCUCAAAUGGAACUCAAAUCAGACGGCAGCACUCUAACCGUGGAGAACCUUGACCAGCCAAUCAGCAUCUUUGUGCCUGUAACAGGAGGUACAGCGCAACCAAUCAACAUGACUGUAACAAAAGAUGGGCUAAGCAUGGUGAACUUUGAGGUUACUGAUGAUGAGUCCACUGUGGUUCUGUAUCUGGAGUUUGAUAACAGUAGCUUUACUGAUGUGGAUAAGGAAGAGGAAGAUGCUAUGUUGAUAGUGAGCCUGAUGCAGAACUCAAGUCAGAGUGACUUAACUCAGAACACAUCCAGCUGGGAAGUCUUGAAGGUGUUCCAAAUCCCAAUAAGGUGGGUCCCCUCACCAAUCCCUCUCUGACUCACUGCCAGUGUUCUCAC